AUGGCCCACAAGCAGAUUCACUACUCAGACCAGUACUUGAAGUGCCGACAUGUCAUGUUACCCAGAGAACUUUCCAAACAAGUACCUAAGACCCACCUCAUGUCUAAAGAGGAGUGGAGAGGACUUGGUGUCCAACGGAGACUAGGAUGGGUUCAUGACAUGAUUCAAGAGCCAGAACCACACAUUCUUCUUAGGUGA